AUGUCAGGAAGAGGUAAAGGAGGCAAGGGUCUGGGUAAGGGUGGCGCCAAGCGUCACCGCAAAGUUCUGCGUGAUAACAUCCAGGGUAUCACUAAGCCAGCCAUCCGCCGUCUGGCCAGGCGAGGAGGUGUCAAGCGUAUCUCUGGACUCAUCUAUGAGGAGACCAGAGGUGUUCUUAAGGUGUUCCUUGAGAACGUUAUUCGCGAUGCCGUCACCUACACCGAGCAUGCCAAGAGGAAGACCGUCACUGCCAUGGACGUCGUCUACGCCCUGAAACGCCAAGGCCGCACUCUGUACGGAUUUGGAGGUUAA